GGAUUCGAUCUGAGGCCGUGAUUCCCCAUUGCCCACUCUCCUCUCCUCACUCCUGUCUGUUGCUACUCAUAAAAGUCAGCAUGCCUCAGCACCAAAAGAAUCCACAAUGCUUAUAUGAUCAGUGCUUUCAGACCUGCAGUGAGAUCCAAGAUAUGGAGGUUGACCAGGUCUCCAAGGCUCUGCAAGAGACCCAUCUCUCCUCUUAUCCUCUGAUACCUGGCAAUUCCAAGGAGGCUCCUGAUGCUGGUAAACCCAGUACCCCUGAGAGUCAUCAGAGUUUCUGCUCAUCUUCCAUCGCCAUGACAGCCACCUCAUCAAGUGAAUUGAAUGAGGGCGCCAAUGGCCAAGAAGAAGAGGUUGGCACCUCAUGGGCUGGGUCUACCCCCAAGAAUGUGCCUAUACGUGCUCUAGAUGAGAAAGUUAUUUCGUUGGUCAAUUUCAUGCUCUUCAAGUAUCACAUGAAAGAGCCCGUGACAGAGGCAGAUAUGAAGGUCGUCACCAAAGAGUAUGAAGACCACUUCACCGAGAUCUUCCUGAGAGCCUGUGAGCACAUGGAGAUGGUCUUUGGCCUUGAUGUGAAGAGCGUGGAUCCCACCAACCACUGCUAUGGCCUCUUCAUCAAAUUGGGCCUCACCUAUGAUGGGGUGCUAGAUGGUGAAGAGGGCAUGCCCAAGACCGGCAUCCUGAUCUUUAUCCUGGGUGUGAUCUUCAUGAAGGGCAACAGUGCCACCGAAGAGGAAGUCUGGGAAGUUCUGAAUUUGACGGGGAUAUAUGCCGGGCAGAAGCACGCCAUCUUUGGGGAGCCCAGGGAGCUCAUCACCAAAGAUUUCGUGAGGGAAAAGUACCUGGAGUACCGGCAGGUGGCCGACAGUGAUCCGGCACAGUUUGAAUUCCUGUGGGGCCCGAGAGCCCACGCUGAAACCACCAAGAUGAAAGUCCUGGAGUUUCUGGCCAAGGUUCAUGGGACUGACCCAAGCUCUUUCCCGUCUCCGUAUGAGGAAGCUUUGCAAGAUGAAGAAGAGAGGGCCCGCGCCAGAAUUUCUGCCUGGUCCACUUCUACUUUUGGGGCCAAUGCGCGUUCUAGGGCCAAGUCCAGCCAUUUCUCUUGCUCCUAG